AUGAGCGUUGUAAACGGAUUGCUCCGCGUGAGCAAACUAAUUCGGCCAUCAACAUCUCUAACAAGAUGUUUGCUACCUGUUACCAGUUACCCUUCAUCAAUUUCCACCAACUUCACUCAAGGUAAAACAAAACAAGAAGCAACUUCCAGAAGCUCCAUUGUUGUUACGCAAUUGUGCGGUAAGAUGAGCAGAAAUCAUACUUUAACCUCUCGAUACUUUCCAGCAUCCCAAAUUCAUCCCGCAUGGACCCUCACUCAAAGAACACUGACCACAAAGGUGGCCGAGGAAGGAUAUCAUUCGAUAAUACGCGACCAGGAGAAAGCGGUUGGCACGAGUGAUAAGCACGAGUUUCAGGCCGAAACACGCAUGCUGCUCGAUAUCGUAGCACGGUCACUCUACUCAGACAAGGAAGUGUUUGUCCGGGAGCUCGUAUCAAAUGCAAGUGAUGCGCUGGAAAAGUUUCGUUUUCUCAUCCAAACGUCCACGGACGGUGCUAACGGCGAAUUUGCGGAAGCGGAUCGUUCGCUGGAGAUACACAUCGGUACGAACAAGCAGGAUCGUCAGCUCACGAUACAGGAUACCGGUAUCGGUAUGACGCGCGAGGAGCUUGUGGCAAACCUCGGUACGAUUGCACGGUCCGGUUCGAAACAUUUUAUCGAGCAGCUCAAGGAGAGUGGUCGUGGGACGCAAGAAAACGUGCAGAACAUUAUCGGUCAGUUCGGUGUUGGGUUUUAUUCGGCAUUUAUGGUAGCGGACCGGGUAGAUGUGUACACGCGUUCCUCUCGUGCCGGUUCUCCCGGUUUGAAGUGGUCAUCGGACGGAUCGGGCACUUUUGAAAUCCAGGAGGCAGAAAAUGUCGCAAUCGGGACGAAAAUUGUGAUCCAUUUGAAGGCGGACUGCCGAGAGUUUUCGGACGAGGACCGUAUUCGGGAGGUGAUUCGACGGUACAGUAACUUUGUCGGCAGUCCCAUCUUCCUGAACGGUAAGCAAGCCAAUCAAAUUCAACCGAUUUGGUUGAUGGAACCGAAGCAAGUGACCGCCGAGCAGCACAACGAAUUCUAUCGUUUCGUGGGCAACACGUUCGAUACUCCACGUUUUACGUUGCACUACAAGACGGACGUUCCGCUGAGUAUUCGGGCGUUGCUAUACUUCCCCGAAGGUAAACCGGGGCUGUUCGAGAUGUCUCGCGACGCGGACAGUGGAGUGGCUCUAUACACCCGCAAGGUUCUCAUUCAAUCGAAGACGGAAAAUCUACUCCCGAAGUGGCUGCGCUUCCUGAAGGGAGUGGUCGAUUCUGAAGACAUUCCGCUCAAUCUGAGCCGUGAAUUGUUGCAAAACAGUGCGUUGAUUCGGAAGCUGCGCACGGCGUUAACAAAUCGCACGCUACGCUUCCUGCACGAUCGUUCACAAAAAGAGCCAGAAAGCUACGAUAAGUUCUACAAAGAUUACGGCCUAUUCCUGAAGGAGGGUAUCGUGACUAGCCAGGAGCAGCAGGAGAAGGAAGAGAUCGCUAAGCUGCUACGCUUCGAGACGAGCAAGGAACCCAACCGGACAGUAUCGCUGCCCGAGUACUGCCAGCGGCAAGCGGAGGGUCAGAAAGAUAUCUACUAUCUGGCCGCACCAAAUCGCACCCUUGCCGAAGCGUCCCCAUACUAUGAAUCGUUGAAAAAGCGUGGCAUUGAAGUGCUUUUCUGCUACGAAGCGUACGACGAGUUAGUUCUGAUGCAGUUGGGCAUGUAUCUUGGCAAGAACCUCGUUUCGGUUGAGAAAGAGAUGCGUCGUUCGGAUGCUGCGACUGAUGGGGCCGAUGCAGAUGGAUUAAUCGAGGGUUCACUGCUAAAAGCACAAAUUGAUGAGCUGCUGCCGUGGCUAAAGCAAAGGCUUACCGGUAAGGUGUCGAACGUAAAGACGACCGGCAAACUUGACACACAUCCGUGCGUUGUGACGGUGGAGGAAAUGGCAGCCGCUCGGCACUUUAUCAAGACGCAGAGUCACAAUAUUAGCGAGGAAAAUCGUUACGCACUGUUGCAGCCGCAGUUUGAAAUUAAUCCAAAGCAUCCCAUUAUUAAAAAGCUGCACAAACUCACGACCAGUGAUCCGGAGCUGGCGGAACUGUUGGCGAAACAAUUGUUCUCCAAUGCGAUGGUCGGGGCCGGUUUGGUAGACGAUCCACGUAUGCUGCUGACGAGCAUGAACGAUCUGCUCCAGAAGGUACUUGAUAAACAUUAGCUCCUCUCUG